AAGACGGUUUACCGCGCGGCAUACUCCGCAUUUCGAUUUGACGAUUGUCCGGCGCGUGCAAGAGGUUUUCGGAAAAGCGAAAUGAUGCUGGCAUAGACAAAUUCUUUCAACUUUCAGACAACCGAAUUCGCACUUUUGCUCGAUUGUCACCAGCCGGGACGAGACCCAUCAUGGCGGAUCGACAGCAUGGUCUCUCGCGCACCCUGCCGAAGAACUUCAUUUUUACUUCGGCCGGGCGAGGAGAGCCCAGGACCCCUGAACGCUCCUCAAUUCAAAUCGAUGUUCCGCCCCCGCCCCCCCGUCAUUCCACUAGUCGUCUGCGCCGCCCCCGCGUCCGUUCGGGGACUGACCUCUUUGCGCAAGCCCAUUAUGACCCCAGCACUUUUAACCCCGUUGCUUCAGAUAUCCCUUUACCCUCUAUUGAAUUCCCACCCGUUCGCGACCCUUCGGCAGCGGAGCCGUGUCCGACUAUACUCCCGAACAACGACCGGUUCCUAGCCCCGCCUCGCACCCGAGUGGCGCUCAAGACCCCCGAGGCUCAAAUCCGUGCAGACCCCAUCGAUGUCGAGUCGGCGCGUACGUGGUCUCCAUGGAACCCACAGGCCCCCGGAGAUCCGAUCCCACGACCCUCCUCCGCCUGCUCGAAUGCCUCGGACUCCUCAGUCUCAUCCAUCGAAACUUUCGGUUCGCGAAGAUCGGUUGGCGGAAGCUGCACAAGUUUCGAAAGCGACUCCUACGAUCCAUUUUUCCACAUUGAAAUCGCUCCCAAACCAGCAGUCGAUGCAUCCCCACUAUCUACAAAUCCGCGAACCAAAUCUCGGCGAGCAGUCAAAGAACGAUGGACGUUCGAGAUGGAUAACUACCUUUGGAAUACUUACCAGCUGUACAUCCAGGAUCCCACAAUAACCCCGUUUAAAAUGACUCCUGGCAGCAUCCCACCCCUUGGCGUCACCCAUAGAGUUGCGCGCGAGGCAAAGCGAAGUUGGGAAAAACGCGGGGUUCGGCUUGACAGGCAAUUUCCGUCCCGCGGGACCACCCCCUGUGGUGGGGAGUCCACUCCGACUCAGAAAAUCGAUCCACCCAAACCUGCGUGGCCAAGAUCUGAAGCUUCGACCCGGCGGAGACUCAAAUACUUGUGCAAGAGAAAGUUCUCCAUUGCGCCGCACUAUCAACGAAUGAUGCAAUCAAGGAGUCCGACGCCGCACCUGGAUAUCUUCUCACAACCGUCAGACGAAGUACGCCGCACGGACACCAACACCAGUAGUUCAGCAGCCUAUGCAACCCGUGAUUUGGGUGUUUCUCUUGUAUCAAGCUCCGUUCCCGGCCCGUUAGCCCAGCUAGCAGCGCAGGAUCCCGCACCCGACGCAAAUUCCGAGUGGUUCAAUCAGCCAGUUCCGAGCAAAUUAUUGGCCCAGCGCCGGGCCCAAUUGCCCACCAAACCGUCGAGUUUCGACGAAAGGGACAUGGGUCCACGACUGGGAUCACCAUUCACAUACCACACAUGGGGACCGCAUAGCGCACGAAAGAGGGCCCUUCGCCCCCCUUCCCACGCUCGACGGGAGACUAUUCACGUAACGGGAUCACGUCUGCGAUCUCCUCCCCGCAUGGACCCGCUCCCUAAUCUGGUCAACAACGUGCCCCGCAGCUCCCAGACCACCACCGAGUCCCCCACGGACCAGGAAACCCGGCGUCAUCUGGAGGACCUUUUGCGCCAGGGAAAACUGAACGACAUGGGUCAACGUCGUGUACGGAUUCGAACCCGAGGAGCUACUACGAGCUCAGUCAAUCCUCAAGGUCUUGAGCAGCUCUUCUCGCCCCCGUCGUCUGCAUCCCGUAAAGAAGAAAGUCAUCCUGUGGAGAAGCCCAUUCCGAACCCACUUCUGAAUCUGAGCGGCGACAACAUCAGACGGCUAGGCUCUCCUUUUAAGAUGGAGGGCUUCCGAAGACACGCUCCCUCCCUUUCGGACCCGUUUGCCAGCGGAAUGAUCCCUCAGUUCAGAUCCAUUACCCAAGAUACCCGCUUUAGAGGUGAAGCUUGUACAAACAGGCUUCCCUACGACCCAUUGGAGGAAGGCAUAUCCGACGCGGAGCGAAUCCGUAGGCAAAUAUUGAAUAUGCCUUACUCGAGGCGAUAAGUUGUUUAAUUAUUGUCAAGCUCUUGUGACAUGACGACUCGCGAAGAGUAUUUAUGUUGCCGAAAUCUGUUUUUCAACAGGCUUCCUACACGGAAAUAACGAUUGAAACGGCAUUGACGACAUUUACGAUAUUAAAGAACAUUAAAAAACAAAAAAAAAGAAGAGAGAGAGAGAUCUUUGCGCAAAAGAUGAUGAAUUUGAAGAAUCUGCAUGAGAAUAACAACUUGCAG